AAAAAAAAAUUACAGGUGGCGUAUAAUUUUCAGGUUCAAUGUCAAUUUUAUACAUACAUAGAACAUAAAGAUUCAAUAUUAUUGGAAAUUUCAAAUAAAUUAAAAAUGGCCGCAUAUGGAAUAAUUAAAAUGUUUCAUUAUAUAAAAUAAAUCAUAAUUACGCGAAUACAUUAAAUUAAAAAAAGAAAGAAUUGUAUUGUACAUAUCAAAAUGAGUGUCCGAACAAGAAAAACAAUUUUUUGUGGAAUUAUUAUAUUAUUAAGUGUAUUAUACCUAUAUACAAAUCGAACUUUAUAUACAGAUUUACAGAAUAAAAAUAUUUCUUUAAAGUUACUUCUUACUGCUGCUAUAAAAGCAGCAGAAAUUGGUGGUUCUGAAGUAAUUGCAGUUCACAAUCAAGCAAAAUUCGAAAUACAAAGUAAAGGAAAAACGAAAGAAGGUAUAAAUGAUCCAGUAACAGAAGCAGAUUAUAGAUCACACUGUGCAAUGGUCCAUUCUUUAUUAGAAACAUUUCCAAGUAUAACAGUAAUAUCAGAGGAAACAUCAAAAAAUUGUGAUAAAAUUACAGUGUCAAAUAUAAAAAAUAAUAUUAAUAAUUUAAAUGAUUAUGAUAUUAAGGAUGAAAUUAUAAAUAUAAAUGACAUUACAGUCUGGAUUGAUCCCCUUGAUGCAACAAAAGAAUUUACAGAAAAUUUGUUACAAUAUGUUACAACUAUGGUUUGUAUUGCUGUAAAAGGAAAACCUAUAAUAGGUGUUAUAUAUAAACCAUUUGAAACAAAGCAAAAUUCUAGUCUAUUUUGGUCAUGGACUAAUCAUGCAAUUUCAAAAAAUUUACAAAUACUGCAUAAGUUAGAAGAUGAAAGAAUACCAAUAUUGAUUGUAUCACAAUCACAUGCUGGCCAAAUUUAUAAUGUUUCUAAGAUUGCAUUUGGUAAAGAUGUAAAAAUUGUUCCUGCAGCUGGUGCAGGUUACAAAUUUUUAGAAGUUUUAAGUGGAAAUGUAACUGCAUAUGUCCAUAUGACUGCAAUAAAAAAAUGGGACAUUUGUGCAGGAACUGCAAUUCUUACUGCUCUUGGUGGUACAGUUACUCAAUUGUUUGAUCAACAAUUGAUAAGUUUUAGACCUCAUGAUUCUAAAGAACUUACAUGGGGUCUUUUAGCUACUAUGAGUAAUCAUGUUUGGUAUUUAGAUAAAUUUUCAAACAUUUAAUAUAAACAUUAAAUCUCUAAAUUUUAUUAUUGACUUUUAAAUCAUAUUUCAAUAUCAAUUUUUUCAUUAAAAAAUUGUAAAGAUUAUACAUAUCUUAAAAAUUUGAUAUCAAAAUACAAUUCAUAAAAAUAUUUAUUUACAAGUUCUAUAUUUAAUUUUGUUUUGAAGUAUUUUCAAAUGAAUGUGUUUCACAGAAUAAUUUUUUAUUGUAAAAAAAUUACUGUUAUAUACUAUAAUAAUUAUAUUUUAUAUAUUUAAAAUAUCUAUUAUUGAUAAAUUAAUUUUACAUAUAUUCUGUGAUAUUUUCAAAAAUUUUUGUUUAUUUUAAUAAAAAAAAAUAAUAAAUGUUUUUCAUAUGUA